AUGAAUAUUCAAAGUUCUAACAUAACAUGGGAAUUAGAAGAAACGUCAUCUCGAUUAAAUUUAAAACAACGUUUAAUAACAAUGACAUUAUUAGCCGCAUUUGGAGAAGAUUUUUAUGAUCCAUCAUUUGCACACGAGUUUAUCGAUAUUGUUAUUCAUUAUUUACCAUAUUUUUCAAGUUUUCUAUUUCCACUUGUAGCAUUGAUUGGCUUGCCCGAAAUUCGAGCUGAAUUAAAGAAAAUUAGCAGACAACAAACAAUUGCUUUGAAUACAAUUAAUCCACUUAAUUUGUGA